AGGUCCGCAGGUCGGCUCCCGCCUCGCCGCGCGCAGAGCGCUCAGUCCGUCGGCCGCCGCACAGCGCGUCUGUUCCGGGAGCCGUCCCGCGCCGCACCCCCGCGAGUCCUCGCCGCUCCGCGCGCAGCAUGGCGCCCCCCCAGGCCCUCGCGUUCGGGCUCCUGCUUGCGGUGGUCACGUUGACGCUGGCCGCGGCUCAGAAAGACUGUGUGUGUGACAACUACAAGCUGGCGACAAGUUGCUCUCAGAAUGAAAAUGGUGAAUGCCAGUGUACUUCUUAUGGUACACAAAAUACUGUCAUCUGCUCCAAACUGGCAUCCAAAUGUUUGGUGAUGAAGGCGGAGAUGACUCACAGCAAGUCUGGGAGGAGGAUGAAGCCGGAAGGGGCCAUCCAGAACAACGACGGUCUGUAUGAUCCCGAGUGUGACGAGCAAGGGCUCUUCAAAGCCAAGCAGUGCAAUGGCACCGCCACAUGCUGGUGUGUGAACACUGCUGGAGUCCGCAGAACGGACAAGGACACCGAGAUAACGUGCUCUGAGAGAGUGAGGACCUAUUGGAUCAUCAUUGAACUAAAACAUAAAGAAAGACAAAACCCUUAUGACCUUCAGAGUUUGCAGACUGCACUUCAGGACACGUUUACAUCUCGAUAUAAACUGAAUCAGAAAUUUAUCAAAAACAUUAUGUAUGAGAAUAACGUUAUCACUAUUGAUUUGAUGCAAAACUCUUCUCAGAAAGCGCGAGACGAUGUGGACAUAGCUGAUGUGGCCUACUAUUUUGAAAAAGAUGUGAAGGGGGAAUCCUUGUUCCAUUCUUCUAAGAACAUGGACCUGAGAGUGAAUGGAGAGCCACUUGAUCUGGACCCCGGGCAGACUCUGAUUUACUACGUUGAUGAAAAGGCACCCGAGUUUUCCAUGCAGGGCCUCACGGCUGGGAUCAUUGCCGUCAUUGUGGUGGUGACAUUAGCAGUCAUCGCGGGGAUUGUUGUCCUGGUUAUAUCUACAAGGAAGAAAUCCGCCAAAUAUGAGAAGGCUGAGAUAAAGGAGAUGGGUGAGAUACACAGAGAGCUCAAUGCCUAACCGUGCUGAGUGCUGAGCUGAGGAGGGAGCCACCUGACAGGAAGUGGCAGAAGAACUCGGAUUACAAAUGUAUAAACCUGGGGAAGAUGAAGACCUUUCAAGGGUCACAGCUUUGAUAGUUAUCACCACACAUUUGGAAUAGUGAAAUGUGUACUUAUAAAUACAAGCAUCUUGAUGUUGGCAUUACCAAUCUUAAAAUUAGAUGGAUGUCUUAUAUGUGCAGGUCUAGUGUGGAACUCAGAACUUAGCCUGCCAAGUAAAGAUAGUUUAUGCUUAUUAUUGAAGAGUGUGCGUCACAAACAUUCCACAGUAGAAUAUGACUAGUCUCAUUUUUUUGUGAUUAAAGCUGCCCUUCUAUGUACCUGAGUCUUGUACAUAAUAAACUUUUUUUUUAAUGAAAUAAAACAUUUUUAAACUGAGUUUCUAAGUUUGUUUGAAUCAAAUGUCCUAGUAUAUGCAUAUAUAAGAUAACAGGUCUUUAAGUGCUCUGGCACUGCUUAGUAGUACAAACCUGUAAUUCCUGAACUUGGGCUUGCAGGGUAUCUGCUAUGUAUGUAAUUAAGUACUGGCUGGCCUUGGCUAUCCAACAUCCUAUCUGAAAGAAAUAAGAAACAAACUUAAAAAA